GUGGGACCCAAUAUUAUGCUAAUCCAGUCUGGCUCAUUCGGUUUUGUUUUCAAAAUAGACCAAUUCUAUGUUGCCUUCUGGAGAUCAUGCAAAUGCAUUCCACAGACAUUCCCAGAAAUCGACUCACGAGAUAAACCCUACAAAUCCUAAAUUCCAUCGAUUUUCCACUUUCUCAUCAUCAACGAAGCAAGAAGAUGACUGGUGUCAGCACAGUUCCUGGUCAAUCCAUACGAUUAAGCGUCUCAUCCACAUUCUUAAUGAUGAUUUAUGUUUAUGUUCUUGUGAUGAAAACCGUUCGGACAAGAAGAUUCAUGACGACAUCGAUGAGAGCAAAGUCAAAGCACCGAACGUGUUCGAACGAGCCAAAGAGGAGUUCGAGGCUGUUAUUGGUGCUAUUCAUCAACGCAAGAGCUCGAGGGACGAAUCUGAUAAGAUGGAAUUCAAAUCCGAGAAAGCAGAAGAUGGAAAGAAGAAACCGAAUAUGAUGAAAAAGGCGAAGGAAGAGAUCAAGUCUCUGUUCCAAUCCAAGGAGAAACCUCAUCGCCAUCACCAUCAUCAUCACAAAGAAUCUCAUGGAAGGAGUGAUGAAAUCGACGAGAACACGCCGGUGGAUGAAGUGAAGGCUCCCAGUGUUUUCGAGAGAGCUCAGGAAGAGAUCGAGGCCGUCAUUGAAACCAUCCAUCCCAAGAAGAAAGUGACCGACGGUUCUGAUUUGCCAUCGCGUUCUGCUGAUUCUGAUUCACCGGUGCGGUCUGUCUUACCGGAGAAGGAAGAGAAAGCUGGGUUCGGAUGCUCUCUUGGCAAGGGGCUGGAAAAGAUUUGUUCUCCUUGGGGUGAUAAUAAAAAAGAUUGAACUAUUCAUAUGACUCAUGAGCUUGUUUGCUAGUUUCCGUGAUAAACUUGGUUUCGAGUUUCGGUGAGUUUGUUGAUUGUAGGUACUAAAUUGUUACCUUUUAAACAGACUAAACUUGUCCGUUUCAUAUUAUAAGAAAAAACAUACUUUGGUGUCUUUUGUGUAAAUAUUUCUUGUUAAUUCGUGGAUUUUAUUGGUGCUAAUUAAUCUCUUUAUAAUUACUAAAUUUGGGAUAUGUUUCCAUAUUCAAGAGAUUUGAGGGACCUUUUAUGUAAACACAGUAAAUAAAAAAUACCCCCAAGAGCGUUUUGUACAGUAUUGUAGUAUAUUUUAUUGGGAUCGUUUCCUUUGUCUUGUUCCUCGCGGAGAGGCUGCAUUAGGGUUCCGAUCAUGGCCUGUGCCUACUGGAAAGGUGUACUUUUGCACUCCGAAGAUGGUAAAGCCCAAGUCUCAGGGAGAAUCGAAAUCCUCCUACGAAUCCCCAGCUCUCCGGAGAUUUGACCCGUACGACGAUGAAUGCAUACGACAGUACAUCCUGUACUACCACCAGUUCCACAAGAGCGAAGGCUUCCUGAUUGAUUGGUCUAAUAUGGAUUAUCGAUUCGAUACGGUGAAUCUAAUGGGCCCAUAUCGUGCCGGGCGGAGCAGGACAAACGAUGAAAUAAUCCGUGACGCGGCUUGCCGUGCUAUUCUCCAACAAAACGCCGACAAGGGAACUAGGUUUAGGUUCGUCGAUCACAUCUCGGCAAGCUACCUGAUUUGUGGGGGUAUGCUUUUCUGGAUUACGUUCUGGGCUAGGGAUUUGGACUCUGUGUCCCGAGCCCAAAAUGUAUGAAACCAAGUGUCGCCUGUGUGCAGGCUUAUGUUAUCUCUAUAUCUUCAGGCUCAGACCCACGGAUGCAGAGAUUGCGGCUGUCCAGGUGGAUCCCCCUCCUCCAUUGUAUGCUGAUGAUCCAGAAGAACCCACCAUAUUGUUCACCGUGAAGGGUCCACGAUCUGGAUCCAUGUCCAUACCCGACGUUGGCUUCACCAGGAUUCCUCCUGAAGUAUCACCAGAUUCUUGCUCUAGUUGAUGAGCAUGUCACGUCGCCAGAGUCCUCGCCGUGAAUGCCAAAACGCUUAAUUAGGCGCUUUCUCUAUCUCUUUCUAUUACCUUUUUUUUUUUUUUGGGCAUUCUCUUUCUAUUACCUAAUUAUUGGAUAUCGCAAGUGUCUGAUUUUAAAUUUAUAAUAAUUUGACCCAUUUUUUUUUUUUUUUUAAUAUUGUGAUAAGUUAUAAAUUGUGGAUAUUUCUUUCUCUAGUACAGGCAAUGGUGAUUAUCAAACCCAUGUGAACUCAAUUAUAUCUUGUCAACCAAAGCAAAUGCUUAUUUUA